UGUACUGUGGUUUAUGAUGCAACUUCUUGUUGUCAUUCUUUUCACAUGUGCCCACUAUUUCUGAGACAAAAUGGAGUUCCCAAAGGCUUAUAAGCGACCAAUUCCCAGAAUCUACAACAACGUGCUGCAAGAGCUAAUUGUCCAGCAACAUCUAAUGAGGUACAAGAGGACAUAUCGUUAUGACGCUGUAUUUGCCCUUGGUCUUGUUACUGCGUACGAUCAGCUCAUGGAGGGGUACCCAAGUGACGAAGACCGGGAUACCAUCUUCAAAGCAUAUACUGGAGCACCAAAGGAGGAUCCAGAGAAACACAGGUCAGCAGUAAUGCAGUGGUGA